AUGGAGCCCGUUGACGCCGAACGCGCGCGACAGCUGUCGCUCUUCCGGCCCCUAGGCUACCAGCGCAAUUCUUGUGGUUACUGUAAAUCCAAUGAUGGAAGCGUCUCAUAUUACACCAGCUCCGUGGUCGUGCGGCCUGAGCACUAUGAGGAGCUCAUCCAUCGAGGAUGGAGACGAUCGGGCAAGCUUUACUAUAAGCAGAACCUGCAACGGUCAUGUUGUCCGCAUUAUACGAUGAGGCUGGAGGCAGACGCCUACCAGCCUCGUCGUGACCAGCGCAAAGCCAUCAAUCGCUGGAACAAGUUCAUUCUGGGCCCAGAGUAUAUCCGCAAGGCGGCUCGGCUCUGCCCGCGGACUCGAGAGGAAAAGCGGCAUCGGAAGUGUAACUUUGACCUACAGGCCGCAGUAAACGAGGCAGAGUACAGCAAUGUCAAGCGUCCCAUCGAUCCAGUGACCAAACGCCCGCUGGAGCCGGCGCACAAGUUCGAGGUCAACCUCGAGGCCGACUCGGUUUCCAAGGCCAAGUUCGAUCUAUUUGUCAAAUACCAGACGACGGUCCACAAAGAGGAUGUCUCUCGCUGGAAGACAAAGGACUUUGAACGGUUUCUAUGCUCCGGCAUCAAACGAUCUCCCAAUCCGAUCACCAAGUCGAAUGCGGCCGAGAAGAAGCUGGGAUCAUGGCAUCAGUGUUACCGGCUAGACGGCAAGCUGAUUGCCGUUGCGGUGCUGGAUCUAGUCCCGAGGGGAGUGAGCUCGGUCUACAUUUUCUAUGACCCCGAUUACGAGCACUGGGAGUUUGGCAAGCUGAGCGCAAUGCGUGAGAUCGCCUUUGCGCAAGAGAAUAACUAUGCGUACUAUUAUAUGGGAUAUUACAUUCACAGCUGCGUCAAGAUGCGGUACAAGGGCAACUUCAGACCCCAGUACAUUCUCGACCCCGAAUCUUACGACUGGGACCCACUCGAUGGCGAGCUCUCCCAAAAGCUCGACACCCAGCCCUACGUCUCCCUAUCCCGGGAACGGGCUCCCCAAGACGCCAGACCGUUCCCAGAUAUUGCCCCGGACGUGGACGAAACAGACCUAUCUCUCUUUGACAUUAACAUGCCUGGGGUAUUAACGCUGGAAGAGGUGAAAGCCCUGGAUCUGGACCAUUGGCAUCUACUGUAUCAUGGCUCGUUUGUGCAGAUGGAUGAUCUUGUUGGCUGGGAGAGAAUGCCUGUGGAUAGUCCGCAGUCGGUCAAGGGUAUUGUUGCUGAGCUUGCUGCGGUUCUUGGACCGAAGCUUGUGAAAGAUAGUGCUGUGGUUCUAUUUGAUUGA